AGAGAUACACAGCCGCAACAGCAACAGCAGAGCGCAUCGACUGUUCUGCACUUCUUCACCGCGCAACGAUUCGGAGUUCAACUCUAAUUUAUAUCGUUUGUUAUAUUGCUAUACCUCCGAUGGUAGCCUACUUUGUAACAACACAGUAAGAUUAUAAUCUCGCCUGUUCUUUUCUUGAACAUUUCUAUUAGUUUGUCCGUUGUAGCCUAGUCGCCCAUUUAUCUAACGAACCGCAGAGUUAGAGCGCCGACAGGUGAAGAUGGCGAGGGGACUGGUGUUGGGGACUGUAUCCCCGGCGGCUGGCGGCCCUACACAGUUUGCGUUGCUGCUGUUAUACCCCCUAAUCUGCGGCCUCUCGGCGCAGGACCAGGAACUGCCCACCAACGGGGUGAAUGGCUACAACCUGCAUCCACCUUAUUUUAACCUGGCGGAAGGGACCAAAAUCACGGCGACGGCGACCUGCGGAGAGGGGGACAAUGGAAGGUCGAUACACGACUUGUAUUGCAAGCUGGUCGGGGGGCCAGUGUCAGGGGACCCGAGUCACCAGAGCCAAACUAUCCAAGGCCAGUACUGUGAUACAUGUGCCAUGGGGGACAGUGACAGAGCACAUCCCAUCACCAAUGCCAUCGACGGGACAGAGCGGUGGUGGCAGAGCCCUCCUCUCUCCCGCAGCACAGAGUUCAACGAGGUCAACGUCACCUUGGACCUGGGACAG